AGUCUGCAGCAGAAGAGUCUCAGUGUGCUGCUGGACUGCUGAGCUGAAGAGGACCUAAAGGAGACCAUGCCGGUGGACCUGAGCCAGUGGAGCGGGUCUUUAGCCCUGACGGAGGUGGACGAGAGGCCGGCCCGCCCGCUCCGGGUCCAGUACGGCCCGGUGGAGAUCGACAAACUGGGCAAAGUCCUCACGCCUACUCAGGUGCAGAAUUUUCCCACGCUGAUGGACUGGGAGGGAUGUGACUCCAGUAAACUCUACACUCUGAUCCUCACUGAUCCGGACGCUCCCAGCAGAAACGACCCAGUGAUGAGGGAGUGGCAUCACUUCCUGGUGGUGAACGUGCGAGGGAACGACGUGAGCACCGGGUGUGUUCUGUCUGAAUACGUGGGUUCUGGGCCUCCGAAAGGUUCUGGACUUCAUCGGUACGUGUGGUUGGUUUAUGAACAGCCCGGCUCGCUGAACUGUACCGAACCCGUCCUCAGCAACCGCUCCCCCCACCAGCGCGACCACUUCAGCAGCGCCGGGUUCAGGAGGAAGUACGGGCUGAGCGCCCCGGCGGCGGGGACCUGCUACCAGGCCCAGUGGGACGAGUACGUCCCCAAAGUUUACGAGCAGCUCGGACUGAAAUAAUCAGAAAUAUAUAUACAUAUCCUGCUGUAAAACGUCCUGAACUGAUCAGAUAUCAUUCAGAAUAUCGACUAGUUAAACGGGUUUUGAUUCUGUGUUUAUAAAUCUAAUAAAAAUCUACAUCCAGUAAAAACA